AUGCUCGCUUUCCAGAAUGUACAUACCAGACUCAGUAUGCCUCUCAUCAUGCUACCGAUUUCGGUCUCCAUCACCAUCAAAAGGCAGCCCACGGGGCUCAAGCCUGAAACGACGUACACCAAGGUGGCUCAGCGGCAGUCCGAAGAGCAGCUCAAGCAGCAGCCCAAGACUCGGCUCAGCUUUGACCUGAAAUGCCACUAUUACGCGACCCGGGAUGAUAUCUCUCAGUGCCUCAUCUCACUGUGGAAGUAUCUGCUCCUCGCUAAGCACCAAAAGAAGCUGGCAGGAUGGGAAUUGUUUGCGAAAAGGCUGGCACCGGGGCAAGAUACUGAAGAUAAGACACCAAAGAUUGUGAUAUUGGAAAUGAGAUUCACACAUAAGUGGCUGACCUACAAUCACAUGGGCGUUGCGAGACGUACGUUUUUGGAUACCAUGGAAGUUCUCAGAGACAUAAUGUCAGGAUUGGCCAUGGCGAAUCCCAAUGAGCGAGGCGCCCUCGACUGGGGCAAAGUAUUCUCGUUUGGCUGCCAUCCUCGCAUUGCUGGCGACUGUAGCACGCCUUGGGGUAUCGAGCCGGCGGGCUACUACUGUCAUCCCCGCGAGCAGGGCGGCCCGAAUGGCAGUGCGCAGAAGCAAACUCAGGAGCUUCUCCUCAAGUACAUGGAGGUAACAGAUCCCAUCCGGGGAAUGACGUUGGCUACGACCACGAGUUCCGUGGCACUUCGAGAGGCUCGCAGGCGAGUCGACCGGAGCGAUGACAACACACAACCUCUCUGGAAUGCCAUUGUGUACUCUUCGGUCCUCGGCCCCGACCCCCUUCAGCUCGAUAUCGACUUGGCUGUCUUCACCACAAAGAAGGUUGUGAAGUGGUAUGACGAGCUUUUGUCUUUGUGCAAAGUUGCUGUGCAAUCUCAAGGCAUCGAAAGCCGAGUGGACAAGGCGGUCACCCUUGCCAAUCAGCUACACGCAGGGCCGGAACGGAGGGAUGCGGCAACAGACGGUAUCUCGGUCACGUCCAAGUCCAGAUCUGAGAAGACUCUCUGUGGUGAGAAGGAUUGGGGGUUAGGCAAGGUGACUGUAGUCGAAAUUGAGGACAUUAAUGAAUCGGCGAUGGACGCGGACCGACAUGAGUUGGCUCAGCCGAGCAACGCAAGGUGGUGGAGAAGAGUCCUUGCAUGUUUUGUCGUCAAAGUCCGAGGCUCCAAUCGUCAACGGCAGCAGGAUGCGGUGAGCAAGCUGGUACGCCGUUCGUUGGAGCUCAGCCGCACAAGAGCCGAGUUGAGCAAGCGCGUUGUCGAGUUCAGCGCCGAAGUCGAUCAACUGCAGCUCCUAGCCAGGGGCUUUAUUCUGCUACUGAAACUGCAGACCAAAUGGAGACAGGUACAAGCACUGGCGCAACGGCCCGGAGUGACCAUGGUCGAGGUCAACAAAGUGACAACCGUCAACAUUGACCACUUGUCGUGUGAGCGGCGGCGGACGCAAGCGAUCCGUGAGAAGGUGAGCAAAUUGAACAGGGCGGAUGAUGCCAUGAUGCAAGGCGCCAAAGAAAUACUGGAGCGUAGCAAGAAAAUGAACGCGGAGCUAAAGAGCUUGCAUAAGGACUUGAAGAAGCACGCCUACAGGUACGAAUCCAAGGCAAGGUUGGAGCAGCGGGGGACACUUGUACGUUGCGAGUAA